AAGUAGAUCAUAAAAUUUUUUCAUUUACUUCAGAUGGCGCAAGUGUAAUGCAAGGAAAUAUUUCAGGCGUUGCAACACGAAUAACCAAAGUAAACCCGUAUAUAUAUUCUACACAUUGUAUUGCGCAUAGAUUAUCCUUGGCAUGUGAAUCUGCUGAAAAACAGGUUGAAUUUUGCAUUUAUGCUAAAUCAAUGUUAAAAAAAAUUCAUGUUUUUUUUAGCAAUUCAAGCAAACGAAUUCAAAUCUUAUCUACAUAUCAAGAAACUCUUAAUAAUCCUCAAUUAAAAAUUCUAAAAAUUUUUGAUGUACGGUGGCUUUCUUUAUAUGAGGCAGUAAAUAAUAUUUGUUUUUCAAUUGAACCUUUACUUGACACACUUCUUCAUACUAUAAGUGAAUCAAAAAAUCAAAAAACUCAAUAUUCAAUUUUUGAUUUAUAUUCAGAUCUUUGUAAUUGGCAAACUUUGGCUUUUUUUUAUUUUCUUCAAGAUAUUCUUGCUGAGCUUGCAAUAUUAUCUAAAUUUUUUCAAACCCGAUUCCUUUAUUUUUAUGAUAUAUAUCCUAUAAUUCAAAAUACCAUUACAAAGUUAGAAAAAGCCUAUUUAGAUCUUGAUAAUAAUUGUUUUGAAUUAAGUACUAAUCUAAACAAAUUUUUUAUUUCUACUCCCCCUAAAACAAAUACAAAAAUUGGUUCACAUACGCUUACUUGGACAUUAAAUCAAGAAAAUGAUUUAAUGGUAGAUAUA